AUGUACCAUUACCAUUUCAAGCCUCCUGACUUCAACAAGAGAAGAAAGAAGAAUCCACUUGGGAAAGGUAUCCCAUUUUGCAAGGGAAUAAUACUGAAGACAUUAAUUAAGAAACCGAAGAAGCCUAAUUCUGCCAAUCGGAAAUGUGUCCUUGUGAAACUGAGCAAUGGGAAAGAAAUGCUUGCUCAUGUUCCUGGUGAGGGGCAUAAUCUUCAGGAGCAUAACAUUGUUUUGGUUAGAGUUGGACGCCUGCAAGAUGUGCCUGGAGUGAAGUUGAAGUGUGUACGUGGAGCAUAUGACCUUCCUCAUGUUGUGAAAAAGAAAUUGACCAGAGAUGAGGCCACUCUUCAUCUCAUGUUCAUUCAUUUCCUGUGUCAUGAGAAUGGUCGGAAGAUUGGAUGGCAGGAGAGGACGAAAGAAAGCCAGGGGACGGCUGGGAGGCAGGUGUGCUACCACUACACCACCGAACACGGGACAUUCAAUCGAACACGGGACAUUCAAUCGUGCCUCUCAAUGCCAUCCAUAUCAUUACACUAUUCCCUCCUUAAGGAAGUCUGGACCUCCAGACUUAGUGCACAAAUGACUGCCACGCCUUUCGGAUACUUGGGUGGUGAGUACAUGGGAGUAUACACAAAUGUCCUCUAUGGGACCAAUGUCCUCUACAGGACUAUACAAUGGGGGCCUCCCCCUCAACUCCACCAUGCCUCCUCACAAAUCCACCCUCACUACUCGUGCCACGGAGAGGACGAAAGAAAGCCAGGGGACAGCUGGGAAUUGAACCUGAUUGCCGGGAUGGGGAAUCAGCUUUCAGGUAUAGUUCCCUCCCAGAUCCAUGCAGUGGAGCAUUAUUUUUCAGAUCUGCCACAGCUCCAUUUUGACAAGAGUUUGGGAAGCACAAGAUUCUUGAAGGUAGCCAGGGCUAGAUCCAGAGAUGGUCUGCUAACUGUGAAAGUCUUUGUCAUUUUGGACCCAUCACUACCCCUUCGAGUGUAUCAGAAGCGGCUUGAUGAAAUUCAUGAGGUCCUGGCAACCUCAUCACAUUGUCUCUGUUACAAGAUCCUCACUGUGAAUGAAAUUUGUACUAUCAUCACCCGCCAGUACAUAAAGUUCAAUCUGUAUGAUCGCAUCAAUACUAGACCAUUUCUUCUUCCAAUUGAGAAGCUGUGGUUGGCCUACCAAAUCCUGAUUGCUGUCAGUCAAUGCCAUGCUGUGGGGGUUUGCCAUGGUGAUUUGAAAUUGGAGAAUGUAAUGGUGACAAGCUGGUUGUGGGUAUUCCUGGCUGAUUUUGCCUCCUUCAAGCCAACAUUUCUCCCUCUGGAUAACCCAGCUGAUUUUGCAUAUUUCUUUGAUACUUCUGGGAAAAGGAAGUGCUAUAUUGCUCCUGAACGAUUCAAAGACAUGAGAGAGGAAGAAACUAGUGAAGCAGAGUUGAUCUUGUCUCAGCUGGUGCCAGAGAGCCAAACUUCUGAUGAUCUCGUUCCCUCCAUGGAUAUCUUUUCUGUGGGCUGCAUGUUAGGUGAGCUGUUCACAGAGGGUGAUGCACCUUUUCACUUCAGUGAACUUCUCAUCUACCGUUCUGGACAGUAUAAACCAGACAAGAUAAUUGAUUCCAUUGAAGACUCCUCUGUCAAGGAGAUGAUCUCUCAAAUGAUUAGCUUGGAUCCAACAGUUAGGGGAACUGCUCAAGAAUAUCUGGAGAAAUAUCGUGGAAUCCUUUUUCCCAACUUCUUCUACACCUUCUUUUGGGACUAUGUGUCUCAUACAUUCCUAUCUCCAUCCUACUCAGCUGAUGAUCGAAUUUCCAGGCUCCUAGAAGAUGAAAGCAAGGUCAUGAGUGAACUGGAGAAACAGAGUGAUGAAGAGAGACCACAAUGUGCCAUUUUAGUAGCAAUGCUAGCUACUUCCUGUAUUAGGGGAUUGCAUUAUGGGACAUCAAGGUUAAAAGCAUUAAAGGUUCUUGAGGGUCUUACCAAAGUGUUGGCUGAUGAUGUCAUCUUGGAUCGGAUCAUCCCCUAUUUGUUAGAGCUGACAGAUGAUGAAUGGAGCAGAGUGAGAAGUGCAGGGAUUGAGACCUUAUCUCGUGUCUUGUCCUGCAUCAAGACCAUUCCUAUAUCUGAUGUCCAUAUAUUCCCAGAAUACAUACUCCCUGGAAUUGCAUUUGCACCAAGUGAUCCCUCAACUCUUGUUAGGGCAACCUUUGCAGCAAAUCUUGGGCUCCUCGCCAAGACCUCUAUGAGAUAUCUGGAGAGCCUAACUAGAGAAGGAGGAGAGACAGUUGAAGGAGAUAUUGCUUGGCUUCACAAUUGGUUUCAAGCUCGUUUUACAACCAUUCUCUGUGAUACAGACAAUGCAGUCAAGAUUGCUCUCUUGCGGAACCAUCUUGUGGAUCUGUGUGUCUUUUUUGGACGACCAAAAGCUAAUGAUGUGCUCCUGUCUCAUAUUAUCACAUGCCUUAAUGACAAAGAGGACUCAUCUCUCAGAUUGGCAUUCUAUGAGACCAUCAUUGGGAUCACAAUCUAUGUUGGCUCUCAGAGUGCUUCUCUUCUCAAGCCCCUUUUGCUCCAGGGCCUCAGUGACACAGAGGAGUUUGUGGUGGUGAAGGCAAUCGAAGCCAUGGUUGAUCUCACUGAGCUGGAUUUCAUUCCUAGAACUGGAGUGCUAGACUUUUUGCGUGAGACCAUCCCAUUUCUUUGCCAUCCCAAUCUCUGGAUCCGUCUCGCAACAUUGGGGCUAGUGAAUGCAUCAGUGAAGUCUGUACCUCCCAUCUACAUCCAAUGCAAGAUUUUGCCUCUCCUCAUGCCAUAUCUUCAGUAUGAAGUCUACCAGUUGAAUGAUCCUGUAAUCCUAUGGACAGCAAUAUGUCCACCUAUUCCCCGUUUGGUGUAUGACAGCAUUCUGCGAUUCUCCGACAUCUAUUCCCUCGAUAGUCUACUGCAGGCUGAACCCCAAGUUCUCCGUUCUACUUUCCCUGACCAUGCAAAUAUAUCAAGUCGACUCCAUUUGGAUCAAUUGACUGCCAAAGGGAAGGAAAUUCUUCUUUCCAUGAAAGAAACCUUGGUCAAAAUCCAUCGGCAUAAACGAACUGAGAAGAAGAAUCCAGAAAUGGACAGUGGAAAAAUCAGAGUUGAGGAGCUCAAGGGACAGUGCAAAGUUCGGCAAAUUGAUCUGUCACUUGUGUCAGGGAAUGAGCAACAGCAUUCUAGACUGAUGAUAGACAAAGGAGGUGGUGGAUCAGGUCCUGAUGGUACCAUGAACCAAGAGUGGCAAUAUAUGUUUGGAGCCACAGAUGCCAGUGAUGAGCCUCCAAGUCAGUCCCUGUGGAAGAGUUCCUCUGCAUCACAAUCUCUAGAGGAGAGCAUUUUGUUAGCUAAGCCCAUGGCACGCACCAUGGAUUCUCUUGAGAAGAAAGAGAAGAGUCUUGACAGUAAUCACUUUGAAGAAUAUAGAUGUACCCAGUGUAGAGGGGAGCUGCAGCAGCUCUUGAAAGCUAAGACAAAAAUGUAUGCUAGUGCCUCCUGGCUGUUGGUUUUACCACCAAUGGGGAGUGCAUCAUUGUUCGCAAGUGCCUCCAAUGAUGGAUCUGUUCGUCUUUGGGAUGUCGGCCGGAUGGAGGGUCAAAGUAUUGUGAAUAGGGCAAGGCAGGCUUAUUCAAGGUUACAGGCUCCUAUCAAAGCACUGACAUUUUGUGCUCAGCAACAAGCAAUUGCAGCUGCAGGCACCAAUGGAGAGAUACACCUCUUUCAAAUUGAGAGCCAUAGCAACAAAAUGGUACUUCUUUGGAGUCGCCAAGUGAACUUGGACUCAGAGGGUCAUGUAUCAGAGCUCCUCUACAUUCCAUGGAACUUCCUACUCAUAUAUGUCACAACAUUUGGAGUCAUAGGUGGCUGGGAUCUGCGGAUGGGGCAUGAGGCAUUUCACCUUGAGCAAGACAUCAGGCAUGGAUCAUGCACGUGUGCAUGCAUGGAUUCGAGCAGUCAAUGGGUGACAGUUGGAACCAGUUCAGGAACCCUUGUCAAUUGGGAUCUCAGGUUCCAGCUCUCUCCUGCCAUCAUUCCUCAUCCUGCCCGUUUGAGGGUGAGACGAUUGGCAGCCCAUCCUCGGUCUAAAUCCUGGGUCAUCAGUUCGUAUGGUGGGAACAACGAGGUUGCCUGCUGGGAUCUGGAAACCCAAUCCAGACAGGUCACUUUCUGGGCUUCCUCUCAUGCUGCUCCCCUCUCCUACACGCAGAUCAGUCCUCAUGGAAUAACUGGUCUGCACGUGAAUCAGAGUGUGUCAAAUCCCUUCUGCCUUCUGGGGAGUACAGAUAUGAGACUUCGGCUCUGGAACCUAGCAGCUCCAUCUUCCACUUCUCAUCUGGUGUUAUCUGCUGGGAAUGAUCACCUUUCUAGCAUUCCCCCCUCAUAUCACUCAAGGUUGAUAGAAGGAGGUGAAGUAGUUUGGGAGGACCUCCAUCCACGUAUCGACCCAAGUCAUCCCAAACAACCAGAUUCACCUUCAAAAGAAGACUCUAAUGUGUCCAAUGGUGGGAUGGAGAUCAUUCCAUCAGGUCAUCAGGACUCUAUCACUGAUGUUGCUGUGAUUAAAGCAUCCCAGACCCUGAUCCUCACCACUAGCAAUGAUGGCGUAAUUAAGGUCUGGAAAUAAUUGCUAUAUUUGUGUCCAUUAUUGUCAUGCUGUCUGAAGAUUAUAUUCUGUUGA